AUGUGUAUCCUUCUCACGAGAACCUUCAGAUGUUUUCCAGGCGGAACACUCUCGCAGCAUACCUUCCAGUACAUCGUUCGAUGCGCCAGCCCGAGAUAUGCCGAGUGUCUAGACCCGAAAGCUCUGACCAAGCAAUCCGAGGAGUAUGAUAUCUCCUGUCACGAAUGCACCGGCAAAUUCCUUCAGCCCUUCACCAAGCCGAGGCGAUUUACCGAGAGCAUGGUUGAUGAGAAUGGCAUAGAAGCACGAGCAGCUACUGAGCAAUAUGUCAAAUCCAUGGUCGAAUUCCUCAAUAUGGCAUUGAUGGAUGCGGGACCUGAGCUUCAGACUAAAUUGGAAGGAAAUGAGGAUGAUCAAUUUGUCAUUCGAGUCAGCAAAAUCGAGACAGCCUGCCGCUUCAACAAGGACCAUGUCGAAAAUGGUCCCUACUGCGAAUGCUUGGAAACAGACGAUGCCACCAAGGAGUUCGAUACGAACAGGAUCACUGAACUUCACAAUAACGCUGCGGCUAUGCGGCGGAUUGUUUCCCAAUCAUAUUUCUUCCCUUGGCGAGGCUUCUGGCCCGGUGCCAACACCGGCAAUCGACUCGCGGAUGAAUUCAAUUAUCGACUAUUAACCCACACCCGGAGGCCGGCCAACGAUGGAGAGCUCGAUCCAAGGUUCCCAUCUGUCGAACAGUGCACUGAAUCCCACCGUCAACAGCCCGACUUUACUUUUUUAAUCAACCUUGGCGACCGGAAGCCUCACGAAAGUGGGCAAGUCACGGCCGUGCCUGUUCUACAAAGCGCCCCUGAUAUCGUCGACCGAGUUGGAGUUCUUACGGCUCAACUGACGGAAAAAAUCGAUUCUUUUGGCGGGAGAGACGAAUGGGAACGCUCUGUUAUUGAAUCUUUUCCUGUACCAUUGUUCGCUGAAUUUGUCGCGGCCAACUUUGAUACGCGCAUGCAAGUUUCCAACCUUGUUUCGCAUCUCCUGGCCCACGAUCCAGGGCUGACCAGGGCACGAAUCGCUUCUAUCAGCCGAAUAUUCCUAGAAUUCUGGCAGGUCGACACAGAUGUCAUGAAGGCCAACCUCCCCCAAGACCUACGCAUGUUAUUUGUCUCACUGUUCAAGUGGAGUAGCGUGUCCAUUACCCAAAGAGGCUCUAUUGGAUUCCGGAGUGGUGCGUACGCAGGCGGGAUGCUGACUAGCCCUGGCCACUACAAGCAUACCGAGUAUAUCCUUCUACGCAACGCAAACUUGAGGUUCAAAGACGAGUUCUCCAGACAGAGCCUCCUCGAGGGUGUGGUCGCGCCGCUCAGAGAGGCGGAGCUUCAGGAACUCGACGACACGGACUGUUUUAUCUGCAUGGAGCCACUCGGCACGGGGCAGGAUCCGCACGCAGCUGUGCGCGUUAAAUGCCCUUUAGAAAACCACGUGGUGGGAAAGAACUGCUGGAUGAAAUCCCAUCGCCGCAGGUCGAAAUUCGACCCCAGGGAGCUGAAAUGUCCCUUGUGCUCGGACUUUGUGCUGGGUGAGUGGAAGAUGCCGUUCAAUAACACGGAGCUUUGGGCUUGGGAUCUGGUACGGAAGACCGUGCCGCAGCUGCUCGAAGAGAUGGGUCCUCUAGGUUAUGCUGAGCUUUAG